AUGGAGCUGUCGGGCAAAGGAGGAGGAAGUCGGGAGAGAGCCGCGCUUGGCCUGACCUUCGUCCUCCGCCACGGGAGGAGAACCGGCCUGGCCAGCGCCGCCCGCCUACUCCAGCUGUUUGAUGUAAAAAUCCAUCAUAUUGAAACCAGACCAGCUAGAAUGCCUCAAAACCCAGCUGAGGACCUUGAAUUCUUUGUGAAGUGUGAAGUCCUGGACUGCAAAGUCAGCAGCCUCAUCAGUUCCCUAAAGAAGGUGGCAGAGGACGUGGAAGGUAACAGAGAGGGAAAAGCCCCUUGGUUCCCCACAAAAAUACGAGAUCUUGACCGAUGCCAUCAUCUUGUCACCAAAUACAAUCCUGAUUUGGACUGUGAGCAUCCGGGAUACACUGAUCCAGAAUACCGGAAGCGGAGGGCUUUUAUUGCUGAUCUGGCUUUUAACUUCAGGCAUGGGGAUCCCUUACCAAGAGUUGAGUAUACUCCCCAAGAAAUUGCUACAUGGAGAGAAGUCUAUGAAAAGCUGAGCAGCCUGUACCCCACUCAUGCCUGCAAGCAAUAUUUAGAUGCCUUCCAUGAGCUAGAAAAAUAUUGUGGUUAUCAAGCAGACUCCAUCCCUCAGCUGCAUGAGGUUUCUGCAUUUUUGUCAGAAAGGACAGGCUUUACACUGAGGCCAGCUGCAGGGCUUCUCUCCGCUCGGGAUUUCCUGGCUGGCUUCGCCUUCCGUGUCUUCCAAAGUACACAGUACAUCAGGCACUCAUCAUCCCCCAUGCAUUCCCCAGAACCGGAUUGUUGCCACGAAUUGCUGGGUCAUGUACCUAUGCUAGCUGAUAAAGAAUUUGCCCUGUUCUCACAGGAUAUUGGGCUGGCUUCUCUUGGAGCAUCUGAUCUGGAUAUAGAAAAACUAUCAGCAGUGAGUAUGCAUCUCAUAUUAUUGGGCAGAUACCGAACGAACGAACGAACGAACAAAGCCUAUGGAGCAGGUCUUCUUUCUUCCUAUGGAGAGCUGAUGUAUGCAUUAUCAAACAAACCAGAAUACAAACCCUUUGACCCAGAUGUGAUGGUGAUCCAGCCAUACCAAGACCAGAACUUUCAGCAGAUCUACUUUGUAGCAGAACAUUUUGAAGAAGCAAAGUCUCAGUUUCAGAAAUAUGCCAUGAAGAUCAAGAAACCUUUUCCUCUCCAUUAUGAUCCCUUUACCUGCACUGUUGAGGUCCUUGAUUCACCACAGAAAAUCAAGAAAAUCACCAGCCAUGUGAAAGAGGAACUGAAAAGCUUUGAGAAGCUUUCUUAAGAGUUUGAUGUGAUCUUUCACAGAUACAAGAACAUGAGCUGCUUUAUGAAGAAUAGCCUGGCAAGGAGCUUUUAGCAAACAAAAAAGAACAUCCUAAAUAAACCUGC